CUGACACAGAGCCAUUGUAAAACAUCACUAAAACCAGUAUAAGCCAAAAGAGCUGUUUGGCGAAAAAGGAGCAUGAAAUAUGAAACGAAAACUGAAUCAAUGAGAGGAAGGUAUGGAGCUUUUCUGUCUUCUUCACGCUGUGUUUUUAUGACUUUAUAAAAGGUCCAAGUUCUUUGUUUUAUCAACUGACUCUAAUCAAGUUGAGCAAUUUAAAAUGGAAAAUAUUGAUUGUUGGAGAACAAAAUUAGGAUCAUAUUUUUCUCAAUAUUUUCUUUUAUUUGUUAUAGGAGGAGGGUACAACAGUAAUUGAAAUUCUCCUGUCAGUUUCUGUACCAAAAUGACUUUUCCAGAGCCUGGUCCAAUUGCCUAUGUUACAUACUAGAAAUUUAAUGGAUCUAAACAAGAAGAAAUUUAAUGGAUCUAAACAAGAAGAAAUUUCUUUCUUGUUUCAGUCAUAGUAUGCCUGAAGUUGUUGGCAAUUAAAAAAGGCAUUACUUCCUAAAAAGAAAAGGAAGACAUUAAAUUACUGAAUAAACUUCGAAAUAUUUCACAUUCUCUUAUCUUUCAUGUAGUUAUAGACCUUAAAAAGAAUAGCUAAAGCAAUUGCCCACGAUAUGGCAGCACUUUUCAACUGAUUUUUUUCAAUUGGUCAUUUGUUGAGAAAAAUCAGAAAAUUAUUAAGAAUUUUUUGAACCUUAAUGAGCGUUUUCAUUGUGCUAUUGCUCAUGAACAAUGUUAUGUACUUAAGUUCUCAUGUGACUCCGAGUUGAUGGCUUGCUGAUUUCUGAAACUAAUUAUGUUAUACUAAACUAGGUUUCUCCAAGUUGUGUAGCCUAUAUUGUAUUUGUAGUUGAAAAUUGAAAGCAAAGUUGAAGUUACAAAAGCUUAUAUGCAACCUUUCUAACAACUGCAUGUUGUGUCGUGAUGUAAGUGAUACAUGUGAAACUUCAUAGACAUAGACGAAAUUUGGGUGUUGGAGCUAAGUCAACUUUAGUGAAUACUGACUCUGUCAGUUUGUUUGAUCCUGUAAGAUGUGGAUGUGGGAGAAAAUUUGUUUUACAGCCAACCGCUAUGAUCGGAGAAACUUCUUAGGUAGUCCCUCCAAUUCUUCAAUAAAUUUACAAGUUAGUACAGGAUAGAGUAUUAAGAUAUGCACAGAAAAUAAAUUCAUGUAUGAUUGAAUUUUAGAAGAUUCAUGUGGGGAUCGAAUUUAGGUAACCUUCCGACAGUUUCUCUCUAGCUAUCUUUUUCCUCCACCUUGUAGCCAACUAUGAUAUGCGCAUCCUAUUCAGGUUCUAGUAGAAAAUGAUUUUUUUUGUUAAUUAUGCAAUUUAUAUAUUACCAAAGUGCUCGUGAUUGCUGAUUUAAAGGCAUGAACUCUGACAAAAACUUAAUAUUCAAUUACUGCGUUAUUUGGCUCCGAAGUUCUUGAAAUAAUUGAAUAUAUCUUAUUCAUAGCUGCACACCAAGGUAAUGUCAUAUAGGCAUUUGGUACUGAAUCAUAACUUUUGAUGUUUAGUAUUCUUUUAAGGAUUAAAUUACUUGCACGAGAAUUAGAAUUGAAAAUUUGUACAAGGAGGCCAAGAAGCUGAAGAAGAGUUAAUCGAAGAUGAUAUGCUGCAGUAAGAGGGCAGAAUCAGCUCUGGAACCUCUUCUAACUACCAUUCGUUAGCUUUUUGCCAAAAUACUAAAAUAUGAAAAAAGAAUAUAAUAGUAAAAGUGGGAACAACCUAGUUGUUUGCCAAAAUAGGCAAAAUUCCAAAAUAUUUUAAAAAGCCCUAGAGUGUGCUGCCAGCUAUUUAUAACACCCAUGAGCCCCCCUCCAUCCGGACCUGUGAUCUCUGAAUUCUGUACUUUGGCCCCCCAAAAGCGAAAAACAUGAUGUUCCAGACCAGCUCUCUUUCCUCCUUCCAGCCUUCCAUUUUCUUCUGAGUUACUGAAAAUUCAAACUGCUAAACUGAACAAUUUUAGCUCAAGAAAGAUGAGGGGUAAAUCUUCAUCGUCAAAGUCUAGAAAUGGUGCACUCGAAAUUGAGAAGCUUGAAAAACUGAAAGAACCCCAUUUGUCAGGUGCUUACAUUCGUAGCCUUGUUAAACAAUUAACCUCUUCAAGAACCAAAGAUUCACCAAAUCCCAAAGAGCAUGAAAAUUUAGAGGGAGAAGGGAUUUCGAACAAUCAAAGUUUAUGCAGAAAUUCUUGUGAUGGAGUCUCCGAUCAGAAACCAGAGAAAUCCCAACAGCCCCCUCAACAGCACAAAAAGCAAGUCAGGAGAAGGCUUCACACCAGCAGGCCUUACCAAGAAAGGCUGCUGAAUAUGGCUGAAGCCCGGAGAGAAAUUGUCACUGCCCUGAAGUUUCAUAGAGCGGCAAUGAAACAAGCCAGUGAGAAACAACAGCAGCAACAUAUGGAAUCAGGGCCUGAAAUUCAGCCGUUUGAACCUUCAUCUCAUCAACUUUGUCUAGAACAAGAAGCAAAAUUGAAGUCCAGGAGAAAUCCAAGAAUUUAUGCUUCGAAUUCUUCUAUUUCGAAUAAUUUCCCCACCAAUUAUCUGGACAGUUUCUCCUACUCACCUGGUCUUUGUCCUCCUUAUUCUUGGUCCAUUUCUCCAAUUGCACCACCACCACCACCACUUGUCCAAGAAAAUCUCGAUUUUGCACUCCCUAGUCAAGCACUUGGCCUGAAUCUCAAUCUUCAAGAUUUUACCAACUUGGACUCAACCGCUUUCCACUGCAGCCCCAACCCUUCGUCAAUUUACUCAUCCUCAUCCCCAUCAACCUCUUCUCCUCUUUCAGCCACCACUGAGGAAAUUCCUUGCAUGGGUGCACCACCUUCUGUGGCCGCUGAGGUGGCAGAAUUUGGGGAUUUGGGUUUUCACACUGCAAUGGAUGAUAAGGAGAUGGCUGAGAUCAGGUCAAUCGGCGAGCAGUACCAGAUGGAGUGGAAUGAUACCCUGAAUUUGGUAAAUUCAGCAUGGUGGUUCAACGUCUUGAAGUCAAUGGAAGUUGAACCCGAGAAUCAGAAUGGUGAGCAUUUUAUGAACUCUCCAUUUGAUGAAGUCAUGGAAUUCCCAGCGUGGCUAAAUGCAAACGAAAGCUGCUUGCAGCAUGUGAAUGAUUUUUGCUCUGAUGAUUACUUCCAAGAUCCUGCUUUGCCAUGCAUGGACAUUGAAGAAAUUGAAGUAAUGGAUGGGGACUGGUUAGCCUGAGAAAGAUUGAUUGUUCUUUUUUCUCAUAAUAAUCAAAUCGUUGGUGGCCUUCCCCUUCUCCUGCCCAUCCCUAUGGGCACCUGGAUUUUUUAAUUGUAAUUUUUCUUUUUUACUUCUUUUUUUCCCUUUAAAUUUUCAAAAUAAGACUUGCUUGCAUGUGUAACGAACAGGCAACCAAAUAAAAUGUCAAAUAGGGGGAAAUUAUUUUAUUCCUCACUCCCCAGCUUUUAUUGAUUGCAAAA